AUGUCGUCCAGAGCGCCGCCGGUGGAGCUCGACUUCCUCGGCCUGCACGCCAACGCCGCCGCCACCGAGCACCACGGCAAGAGCAGCGCCGCCUCCUCCUCCUCCAUCCGAGGCAUGGAGACGAGCGCGAUUGCCAGGAUAGACCCCCAGCUCCUACGCCGCGUCGUCGUGGCUCGCCCACCGGUGACGGCGGAAGAGGCGCCGCCCGCGGCUCCCAGUCCCAUGACGGUCUUCUACAACGGCUCCGUCGCCAUCUUCGACAUCUCCCACCAAAAGGCAGAAGCUAUAAUGCGGAUGGCAAGGGAGGUAACGACGGCUAAAAGGGGUGACCUUGGAAACACUACACUAGUUGCCGAUUCUGCCAAAGACAUACCGCUGGCAAGAACAAAAUCGUUGCACCAGUUCCUCGCCAAGCGUAAAGAGAGAUUGACUCGCAUGGGUCCGUAUCAGUUGGGAAGGCCCGGCACCACCAGCGGCAGCAACAUCAAGUCCCUCCGUGUGAAGAAGGAAGCGGAAGCAGCCUAACUGGCUUAGAUAACCAUAGCUAUAUAUAUAUAAAUCAAUGAAAAUGUUCAUUUGGUGCUCUUGAUUACCGAUUAUUACUCCACUAAUCGUUCUGGUGAUUACCAGUGUAUAUUCAACCAAUAUUGUGUUGGACUACCGGUACCUAUAGAAUUAAUUACGUACGUAGAUAGCUAGCUGUGCGUACGGAUGUAUACGUACGGCGUACGUAACACUGUAAUUUACCAUUUGUUGGGGGCGCAGUCCCUAUAUACGCACACGUAUAUAUGUUCUUCCUGGUU